AUGUAUUCUCUGAUACUCCAUGGAAAAAGCUCGGUCGAGUUGCAGAAAUGGCGUAAUUUGAGAAUUGCGGUGCAGAAUGUAUUCUCUGCUUUUUCCAACUCCUUCUCCUCUGCUAGUGCUACUGCACAUAUGAGCCUACCUCAAGAUGGUCCAAAAGAGAAGAUUUUCACUAAACUCGCAGAUUCGAUCUCGAGGAUUCAGAUUCCCUCCGAAGGCAAGGAAGAUCCAGAUUCCGUUCUGAGUCUUCUUAGGCGUCAUGGGUUCACAGAUUCUCAGAUCGCCGACAUCGUUACGAAAUGUUCACUAUUGCUUAUAACAGAUGCUGAGAGAUCUACUGGUCCUAAGCUUCGGCUUCUGUAUUCCAUAGGAGCUGGUUCAAUCUCUGAGCUUAUUGUGAGCCUUCCUCAAGAUGGUCUAAAAGGGAAGACUUUUACUGUCUCUUACCUCGUUGAUUCAUUGGGCCUCUCUAGAGAACGCGCAGAAUCCAUUACGAGUAUAAUCAGCUCAUCAGAGGCUAAGGGAGAUCUUGAUUCUGUUCUGAAUCUUCUUAGAAGUUAUGGAUUCACAGACUUACGGAUUGCUUAUGUUAGAUGCUGA